AUGGCAGCUUUACAUUAUGCUGCAGAGACUGGUGAUGCGAAGGAAGCUCAAAAACUAAUCGGCAAUGGAGCCGACGUUAAUAUUGAAAAUGAACUGAAAAUGACACCUCUUCAUUUUGCUGCAAUGAAAGGUUACAGGGAUGUCAUUGAAGUGCUUCUCAAGAAUAAAGCCAAUGUUAAUAUUAGAAAAUGUGCAAGGUCAGCUCUUCAUUUAGCUGUUGUAUAUGGUCACAAGGAUGUCGUUGAAUUGCUCAUUAAAUAUAAUGCCAAUGUUAAUUUGGAAGAUGUUUAUGGUCGAACACCUAUUUAUUAUGCUAUUUAUAAUGGCCACACGGAUAUCACCAAACUUCUAAUGGACAAUGGAGCCGUUCAUCAUUAA